CGAUGCGCGGCCGCUGUCGGUGCGUUCCGCUGCUGCCCGGCCGUUGCGGCAGAGCUGGGAGCUGUGGGUGCCCGUCUGCCGCGAGCUGACGGAGGGCUGAGCGCCGGGAGCGGACAAAACUCGCAGAAAGAGCGAACUCGUUGGGGAUGAGGGGUGACUCCUACUUGUUUGGAAUGCGAGGCCUUGGGCACUAUGGCUGCAUUGCAGAGGAUGGAGGACAGUUCUUACUCUACUCUAUAAAUGGUGACAGCGAUUUAAAGAGAUGUUUCACGGAAGAAGAUUUUCAUGAAAUCAUUGACUUCAACGACCUCCCGAAUUCUCUCUUUGCUUGUAAUGUUCACCAGUCUGUAUUUGAAAGCAUGGACAGUAAGGAAAAAUUUGAAGGCCUGUUCCGUGCCUACGACGACUGUGUGACAUUCCAGCUGUUUAAGAGCUUCAGACGCGUGCGGAUAAAUUUUAGUAGUCCCAAAUCAGCUGCUCGUGCCAGAAUAGAGCUGCAUGAAACACAGUUCAGAGGAAAGAAGUUAAAGUUGUAUUUUGCGCAGAUUCAGACCUCUGAGACAGAUGGAGACAAGCUUCAUUUGGCUCCGCCACAGCCUGCAAAACAGUUUCUCAUCUCGCCUCCAGCCUCCCCACCUGUAGGGUGGCAGCCCAUAGACGAUGCAACACCUGUCAUCAACUACGACCUCCUUUAUGCAGUUUCUAAGCUAGGACCAGGAGAGAAAUACGAGCUACAUGCAGGAACAGAAUCCACCCCCAGUGUGGUAGUGCACGUCUGCGACAGUGACAUGGAAGAAGAUGAGGACCCAAAGAAUUCUCCAAAGCCAAAAAUCAUUCAAACUCGGCGCCCUGGCCUUCCACCUCCUGUAUCUAACUGAGCCUCCCGGCAGCAGCAGCCCUUCUCUCCUCCAGCACAGCUCUUGAGUUUUUUGUUUGCUUUCUUUUUCUUUUCUUCUUUUUAUUUUCGAAGGCAGACAUUGCCGUUUGAGUACCAGGACAAUAAGCUCAUUGAAAUCCCUGUGCAGUAAUCAAGCCUAUGUAACAAAAGGGCUAGGAAAAAAAAAAAAAAGAUCUUUGUAAUAUGUAACCAUAUCACACACCAACUAAUAGAUUUGCUGGGAAGGACAAAGCAAGGCUGAAGCAGGGAGGGUUUCAGGCUGAGGUUUUGCACAGCUGUAAUUUGCAUGCUGAAACACCACCAGAGAGAUCCUUCACAGUGGGUGACUGGGCUGAUAGGCUUGAGAUGCAAACGCCCAGAACGCUUGCUGUGCCCUUCAUCAAGGAGCCUCUUUCUCUGCCCUCGGUUCCCUGCAGACCUCAGUCUUUCCCUUUCCUCCUUGUCUUUAAAGGGAAGGCCGUGCGUUGUUUCUAAUCUCCUCGCAGCUUGGUGGCCUUGUCACCCCUCUGGAAUUUUCUGUAAGGAAUGCCAUUCCUGCAAGCUUUUUAGGAGACAACAGGAAAAUGCCCUCUUCAGCAGCACUGAGCUGUGCCCUCGUGGAGAUGGGUGGGCUGAGGGGAGAGGCAGCUGCUGAAGCUUUCCGUGCCUAUCAGCCAUGUGUGCGAGGAGCAGGAAGGACUGUCAUUCUAUCUUCCAUAAAGGUAGGAGUGGUACUUCUCUCUGAGUUUGAGGAGGGAGAGCCUGUCUGCUCGUUGCUCUGUGUCACUGCUGUAAGUUCCAGCAGUGGUGGAGGCUGAAUGCUUUCCUGGCCGUGUGUUGGGCCUGAGUCUCACUGAUUACAUCCCUAAGAUCCAGUUCUUUUCACCCUCCUUUUCCUGUGCUUUAAAGCCCUCCUUGAGCUGUAUGCAGUUUGGUUUGUGGAGGUGAGGAGAUGUUGGUGUUCUUUUGUUGGUUUUUUUCUUACUUUAUUUUUUUUAGGCCAAAGAAAACAGGACCAUAAUGACACACUUGAAAUUAGACUGCAUGCAACCGAGUCCCCUUUUUUCACUCUGUCCCGCAUGUUUCUUUCACUUGCAAUGUAUCCUGAGUUACAGAAACUGUUCUGUGUGUCACCGUGGCUGACAGCAGGCAGAUGCUGGGCUCCCUGUCUGCUACACCUUCCAUGAUGGCUUUUUUCAUGUGUAUUUGUCAUGUUGAGAAGAUAUUUUCUAGCCAUUUGAGCUCAGAUUUUGCAUAUACUUAAGCAUGCGCUUAAUUUAUGCACAUGAGUAGUUCCACUGGAAUUAAUACUGCAGAAAAUCGAGCAUAUGUGUAAGAUACAGUGGGAUUUUUGAGCUAAUGAGCUGCAGCUGUACUCCCCCAAAUGACUACAAACGGCGCAGUGAGAUCCCAUGGUUUAAAAUCCUUUAAAGUAAGCGAAUGAAUCUUGGAAGCUCAUUCCAGGAUCUAAAAAGUCAGCUUAGGCUGUGCAAUCAGGCUUCUUCUCGUAACACCAAACGUUCAGCUUUCCAAGGGAGGGCUCCAUUCCACCCUGAGUUAGCAGAGAGCCUACAGGCUGCACUGAGGCCGGCUCAGCCCUGUGCUGUGGGCUCUGCAGUGCCUCCAGGCAGAAGGGCAGGUCGUGCUGUCGGCCACAGCAGGAGGUGCCAGCCUCACGUGGAUGGAGAGGGCGUCUUCAGAAGGAAGAAUUCACCAUCCUCAUCCACUUUGUCCUCUGACCACCACAGCUCCUCGGUGUUCCUGUUGAAAUUAGUGCUUAUCGUAGUCUGUAUCUCUAACGUGGUAACUGUCAGUACUCUGUGGGCAUCGUCGUGUGAGUGGCACUCAGAGAAGCACGCUGAACGCAGCAGAGCCUGAGCGAAGAUGGACGUUAGUAUCUUCAUGUCAGAGUAAAGUUGUCUUCAAGUAACUCCUCAGAGGCGUCACUCCAAUUAUUCAUUUAGAGUUGAUUGAAAUAAAUAAUUGUUACUUGCUGC